CUAUAAAAUGGGAAUACUUAUUGCAGUUCUUGGGAUCUGGUUCAGCUCUUCACUUGUAAAAGGAGAUUCUAAGGCUGUGACAACAUCUCUAACUACAAAGUGGUCUUCAACUCCUUUAUUACUUGAAACAAGUGAAUUUUUAUCAGAAGAAGGUCAAGAAAAAUUCUGGAAUUUCGUUGAAGCCAGUCAAAAUAUUAAGACAUCUGAACAUGAUGGUAGCGAUUAUUCCUCUUACCAUGAAAUGCUGAAAGUAGCCUGCCAGACUCUGUCACCUUUGCAGCAGAAUUUGUUGAAAUUUUCCUUGUCUUUACGCUCUUACUCUGCAACAGUUCAAGCUUUUCAACAGAUAGCAGCAGAUGAACCUCCACCAAAGGGCUGUACCCUGUUUUUUGCUGUGCACGGGGAGAAGACAUGUGAAUUUGACUCUCUUGGAAACCUUUUAAAGACAGCUUCAGAAAGGCCAAAGCCAUUUUUGUUCAAAGGGGACCACAAGUACCCAGUGUCAAACCCUGAAAGUCCUGUCGUCAUACUUUACGCUGAGAUUGGCUCAGAGGAUUUCUACAGACACCAUAAGAGGCUUGUUUUAAAGGCUGAGGCAGGAGAAAUCACUUAUGUCCUCAGACACUAUAUUGCUAAUCCCAGUAAAGAAAAAGUCUACCUCUCUGGCUAUGGUGUGGAACUGGCUAUUAAAAGUACAGAAUAUAAGGCCAAGGAUGAUACACAGGUGAAAGGCACAGAUGUGAAUGCUACAGUAAUAGAUGAAAAUGACCCUAUUGAUGAAGUGCAAGGAUUUCUGUUUGGAAAACUAAGGCAGUUGUAUCCUGACUUGACAGAAGAGCUGAAAGAGCUUAGAAAACACCUCGUGGAAAGUACCAAUGAAAUGGCACCUUUGAAAGUAUGGCAGUUACAAGAUUUAAGUUUUCAAACUGCUGCUCGCAUUUUGACUGCUCCCCCUGUGGAUGCUUUGAUGGUCAUGAAAGAUCUCAGUCAGAACUUUCCUACAAAGGCCAGAGCCAUAACAAAAACAGUUGUUUCUUCGGAACUCAGAGCAGAAAUCGAAGAGAAUCAAAAGUAUUUCAAAGGAACAUUAGGAUUGCAACCAGGAGAUUCUGCCCUGUUCAUCAACGGACUACUUAUUGAUUUAGACACUCAGGACAUAUUUAGCUUGAUUGACGUGCUACGCAAUGAAGCUCGUGUUAUGGAAGGCCUGCACAGCUUAGGAAUUGAGGGUCUUUCCUUGCACAAUGUUCUGAAAUUGAACAUCCAGCCAUCAGAUUCCGACUAUGCUGUGGACAUCAGAAGCCCUGCUAUUUCAUGGAUCAACAAUCUUGAAGUUGACAGUCGGUAUAAUUCCUGGCCUUCCAAUGUGCAAGAACUGCUGCGUCCCACGUUCCCAGGAGUGAUCAGACAAAUUAGAAAAAACUUUCAUAAUUUUGUGCUGAUAGUAGAUCCUGCUCACGAGGCCACAGCAGAACUACUGAAUGUGGCAGAGAUGUUCUUCAGUAACCACAUCCCACUGAGGAUAGGACUAGUCUUUGUGGUUAAUGACUCAGACAAUGUUGAUGGACUUCAGGAUCCUGGUGUUGCCCUCCUUAGGGCAUACAAUUAUGUGGCACAAGAAAUGGACAAUAAUUAUGCUUUUCAGACUGUCAUGUCUAUAUAUAACAAAGUAAAAACAGGAGAUCAGCUGAAAGUGGAGCAUGUGGUCAGUGUUCUUGAGAAACAGUAUCCUUAUGUGGAAGUCAACAGCAUUCUGGGAAUGGAUUCUGCCUAUGAUCAAAACAGAAAGGCAGCAAGAGGUUACUAUGAGCAAACGGGUGUAGGUCCUCUCCCUGUUGUGCUGUUCAAUGGAAUGCCUUUUCAAAAAGAUCAGCUGGAUCCUGAUGACCUAGAAACCGUGACAAUGCACAAAAUCCUGGAAACCACAAGCAUCUUCCAGCGAGCUGUGUACUUGGGUGAAUUAUCUAAUGACCAAGAUGUGGUUGAAUAUAUCAUGAAUCAGCCUAAUGUUGUUCCAAGAAUUAACUCAAGAAUCUUAAUGCCUGACAGAGAGUACCUAGACCUCACAGGAAUGA